CGCUGCAGCAAUGAAAGCAGAGGAGACAAUCAAGUCAUAGCCGUGGAUGUGCCAUAAAACCGUCUGCUCGACCUGCGCUGUUGUAUUGCGUCCAGUCAGCGGGGUGAAGUCGAAGAUCUGCGGUGUUUCAGUCGAAGGUAGCGGACAUCUGUGUCAGAGGGGAGCCGGAGCCGAGACAGAGACACACAGUGGGGUUUGUGGGCCCACUGCAGUCUGAAUCAACGCAGACUCGCCCCACCGCUGGUCGGUCAUCGACGUCGUUUGUCUGUCGACAUCCUCUCGGAGGCAGAGAGCACCGAGAAGGGCCGUGAACCGAGCCCCGCGUCUGACCCGCUGCCGCAGCCCGAGGCGCGCUGCUUGGCAGAGCAUGCUAAAUAAUGAGCCAAAGGGACACACUGGUUCAUUUGUUUGCUGGAGGAUGUGGCGGUACAGUGGGUGCUAUUUUGACUUGUCCUCUGGAGGUGGUCAAGACCAGACUGCAGUCCUCGUCCAUCACUCUGUACGUCUCUGAAGUCCAGCUUAGCACUGUCAACGGAGCCAGCGUUGCUCGUGUUGCUCCACCAGGGCCUCUGCACUGUCUUAGGUUAAUUCUAGAGAGAGAGGGACCCCGCUCGCUCUUCAGAGGCCUGGGUCCCAACCUUGUAGGUGUGGCACCUUCCAGGGCAAUCUACUUUGCAGUCUAUUCAACAGCCAAGGAGAAGCUGAAUGGGUUGCUGGAGCCAGACUCUACCCAGGUGCACAUGGUGUCUGCUGGGAUGGCAGGGUUCACCGCCAUCACAGCCACCAAUCCCAUCUGGCUGAUAAAGACUCGUCUGCAGCUGGAGGCCAGAAACCGGGGCGAGCGGCGUAUGAAUGCGUUUGAGUGCGUGCGGCGGGUGUACCAGAUGGACGGCCUACGAGGUUUCUACAGAGGAAUGUCAGCCUCAUAUGCUGGCAUCUCUGAGACUGUAAUCCAUUUUGUCAUCUAUGAAAGUAUCAAACGUAAACUGUUGGAGUCCAGGGCCCACACCAGCAUGGACGAAGAGGAAGAGAGCGUCAAGGACGCCUCAGACUUUGUGGGCAUGAUGCUAGCAGCAGCCACCUCCAAGACUUGUGCCACCUCCAUCGCCUAUCCUCAUGAGGUGAUUCGCACACGGCUACGAGAGGAAGGCAGCAAGUACCGCUCCUUCUUCCAGACUCUGCUGACAGUACCCAGGGAGGAGGGAUACCGGGCGCUGUACCGCGGCCUAACCACACACCUCGUCAGACAGAUUCCCAACACUGCCAUCAUGAUGUGCACCUACGAGGUGGUGGUCUACCUGCUCGGCCGUUAGCCCACCAGGAGUGUCUCCUUUCUGUUUGAAGAGGGAGACAGAAAGUGACUGAGAUGGAUGCCCUUUGAUCAGGGUAUGAAAUGUGCAAAUGAAGACCAAAGGAAAAGUGAAGAUACUCUACUGGACCAGAACAAGACGAACGCAAAGAAGAUGAAGAAAAAGGAAGGAGACAGAGCCCUUUGGUAUCAUAUCAACAUCAUCCCCUCUGGUUCCCGUUGUCAGACUGCUGGAACAGGUAGAGGGCGCCACAGUUCACAGUGGAGGCAAAAUGGCUCAGAGCAGAGAGGAGGCACUGACAGGAAAGGUACAGUAACAGCUUGGUGCUGGUUAAAGCACUGAAGGAUAAGAUUUUGAGCAGAAUUCAGUGGCCUUAACAGAAAGGAUUUAAUUUGCAUCUUUCUUUUUGGGUGAUUACAAAAACAAAAUGGCCUUUUUUUUCACCCUUACAUAGACGUAGGAGGAGAAUGCUUGGAGGCAACUGAACUUGACAGGACGGAUGAGAACUAAAUGUAGGUCAGCUUCAAUAAUUAAAUAAAUAAUUGUCUGUACAAGCCUGCACUUGCUUCAGAGCUGUGGGAAUACUGUGCGGCCACAUGACACACAGUAAAGGAAUGUUUACUGAAGGUAGAAUGUCAGAAGAGAGUUGGAUUUCAGACAGAUAUGUCGGUCACCCAUCCACUGUUGCACUACAGAAGGCGUGGCUUCAAGCAUUCUCCUCUGAACACUGCACCCCCCGGGAUGACCUGAAGCUCAUCAACAGCAGUGCACUCAAUGGCCAAAUACGAUGAAACACAAUGACGAGCUUGUGACGGUCACUUAAGCACAUGCCUCAGACACUACCCAGUGUUUAGGUUAGUACGCUGACUACCAUUCAGUGUUUUAUUCCUCUAUAACUCAGCUCCUGGUGGUGGCACGGGUCGGCUGAAGUUCCCUGUCGACAGUGUUUUUGUUAAAACUGAAAUAAGAAGGCUAGCUUCUGCCUCCAGCCGCUGCUCGGUCGCCUGAAAAUCUUGUGUGAAAACAUGAGACCAAUGUGUCCUUUUUGGAGAUGUGAUGUGUGCGACUGUCCCAAAGGUACUGAGUAUCUUCUAUUGGAGCGUUGCUACUUGAAUAUAAUGUGACAAUUUGGGGAAAUGCUGGAGUGGGAGAAUAUUGAUGCAGUUUUAUCACCCCAUAGCCUGUUUGAGUGUGAACCUGUCUGUGUGUGUGUGUGUGUGUGUGUUUAACAAGUUGUACGAUCUGUGUUUGGGAGUGUGAGUGUGUGUGUAUGGCGGUGCAUCUGUAGUCAUGUGUGUCUGCAUGUAUAAUGAAUAUCUACUCCAGAGUUCCCUUCACCAUCUAUUAAUCUUGCAAGACACUGCGGUUUGAAGUGUGGAAAGGUUCCUGAAUGAUACUGGGAGCUUUAAUUCCCACUUCCACGCCAGUCCUUCCUUCCAGUGGCUUCCGACUGACCUGAUAACAUGCACUUUUGUGGCCUUUUGGGGCUUGUGCUUUGCAUUUUAUUGUGUGGACAGUUUAAACUUGUACAUUGUAAAAGAAAAAAAGUAUUAACUGUAUAUCAAAAUGGUAUUUUGCGCAACUGUUCUUAUAGCAGAUAUAUUGUACAGUUUAGAGUUCUCAGUAGUUGUGAAGGAUGUCCAAAUGUUUGUAUAUAAUAUCGAUACUGUGUAUGCAUAUCAGUUGCUUUUUUUCCCUUUAGGCUCAUUUUGUGAUCAUGCUGUAGUUUGCAUUUGCAAAUGUUUGUUUUCAUUUUUGUGCAAUUGAACCUGGUUUCGACACAGACAUGAAUAUUGAUGUUGCUUGACUGAAUUUUCUUGCGUUUAUGUGUUGUUGUAAGUUGUUCUGCAAACAUUAUGUACUUACAUGAAACCUAGCAAAUGCUGCAGAGCAAAUACAUCAAUGUGAGCGUUUGCGCUGGAGCAUUGGUUAGUCGUUUUACCAGGUUCCUAAAAAAAAAAAACAAAAAAAAAAAAACAAGUGUUCCAGUUUGCAAAGCUUGGAUGUUUCCAUCAUUUGAGAUGUUUACAUUCUUCUUUACUUUCUGUCAGAUUCUUUUUGGUUCUGUUCGCACACUAGUUUUCAAUAUUUAAACAGAGGAGUUUUAUAUGUGAGAGUUCAAGAACUGAUAUCAUCUUUCUCUGACACUGUACAGAGCAGCACUGCUACUUUGGGCGGUUAACAAAAAAAGUUUUAAAAGAAUGUGAAAUCCAGAAACUGCUACAUCUGUUACUCAAGAGGCUAAUUGUUAAGAGACCACAUUUGCACCCCUUUAAAUAAAAAAAUCACUUAAUUGCACUCUUAAAAAAAAACAAAAACGUCUUUUGAGAAAGAUUUGGCACACAGUUUUUUUUUCAUUGAAAUUUCACUUGAAUACUUUUACAUUGUUCACUAUCAAAAUGACAUGUAAACCUUUUGUUGAGGCCGCCCACCACAGACGCUGUCAUUUCGAUGCACACGCACAGUUUCAAUGGUUAAAAAAUUCAAGAAAGUGUUAUUUUCCAAAAGUUACAGAAAAUCAAAUGCAUUCAUGCACGAUCUUGUUCUUGAACGCUCACAUUGUCCUCUGUGUUGCAGUAUCAUUUCUGAGGCAAACUGAAGUGUUGUAACUCGUAAUAGUUAUUGAUUUUCAGUCUCCUUUGACAUAUUGCUAAAGAAAAUGCUGACCCAUUUUAACAUUCAUGUUUUCCAGUAAAACACUAACAGCUUCAGCUUCUUUAGCUCUGUUGCAGUAAUACUUGAGGGGAAAUUACCAAAAUGUGACAUGAACAGACAACUGGACAAACAGUGCAGACAUUUCACUUUAUUAUUGUUAUUAUUUUUUUACCUCUCAUUUCAGUGUCUGUAUGCAAUUCAGUGUCUUUGCCCCUGUUUGCUUGGACAGGAUGCAGCCUCAUGCAGGGUUCAGCGAGACCCAGAAGAUUGUUUUUGUUUUGCCAGCACAGUCUUUAAUGUGUUUUUGUUUGUUU